UACUCGCUCAUUUCAAGAUGGACUCUCUGUUGCAAAACUACAACACCGACGACGAGCAGGACGAUCAAAGCGAUUUGGAACCGGAAAGGGAAUCCACAUCGCCACCGUUGCCGGCCCCCACGAAAGGAACUCACGAGUCCAGUAGCGCCAAAAAGCGUAAGCAUUUGGCCGUUACCGGGGAUGACCGCCACGAGCGAUCCAAGCAGCGGUCCUCGUUGUCUUCGUCCAAGGGUAAACAAACUGCUUUGAGUAAGGAUUCGUCCAGCUCCAAGAAAGAUGCAUCAUACAGGAAGAAACAAUCGAAAAAGAAGCGUUCUCGUUCUUCGUCGUCAUCUUCUUCGUCCGACGAUAGUGACGAUUCGUCCUCGUCGUCUUCUUCUUCGUCGUCCUCGGGUUCUAAAUCAGACUCGAGCAGCGAUGCAGAAGCCGAUCGGAGACGCAAAUCUUCUUCCCGCAAGGACAAAGCACGUCAAACGGGAAAAGAUAAAUCAUCCGGUAAGCGCAACACGACGGUUACCGCUGCCUCGGUCAACAACACCGCUAAUGCGGAUAAAAUAAGCGCAUCAUCGUCUACUUUUACCGCACCGAAGCAUGGAUCUACGUCGAAGUCCAAAGCUUUUACACCAUCGCCGGAACGUGUUUCAGGUAGUGUCAAAAAGCGUGACUCGAAGCAACAGAGCCCUAUAAAAUCAUCUGAUAAACGGCAAAGCCCAGAACGCCCGGAAAAACGUCGCGACAGAAGUGGCUCCAGAGAUCGCCAUGAGGGCAAGCGACACGAUAAGGACAGAGACCGCCGUGAUAGAUCGGACAACCGCGAUAGGGAUUCGCGCUCGUCAAAAUAUCACCGAGGAGGUAAGUAUGAAGAUGAACGCCAUGAUAAGUAUACUAGUCGGGAUAGGUACAAGGACGAAAAACGAGACCGACGUGGGGAUAAGUACGACCGAUAUGAUCGUAAGGAACGCGACCGUAGCCGUGAUCGUAGAGAUAAACGUGACUAUGAGAAGGAUCGCAGAUCUCGAAGAUCGUCUUCGCGAGAUAGAAAACGGCGAUCGAGUGCUGACAAGAGCAGAAGAAGGUCCCGAUCGCGCAGCAAAACUCCAACCAAGGGCGGCUACUCUCCAAACAAACCCUCAGCACAGCUGAUGUCUCAGCAAAUUCCCACGACAUCAACGCAGGGGCUUAUGCCAGGGCCGAAACCGCUCAUACCAGCCAUGUCGACACCUGCUAAUAUCCCAUCGCUGAUGGAUAUUCAAGUCGCACCUCCAGCGGACCUAGCCCUGCGUCAGGGUUUAGGCAAUGAUCUACCUAUCGAUCCUGCGGCCGCUCUAUCACGUAAUUCUUUGAUCCGCAGCAAUGUCAAGGCCGCACAGCUAGAGAAAAUGGGCAUCGAUGUACUGCAGCAAAGCAAAAAGGCAGCCGACGCAGUUCCGUUGCCAUCGUACUACAACCCCGGUGCGGUCAAUCCUGUCCGAUACGCCGACCAAGUACAAAAGCGGAAGCUUCUAUGGAGCCAUAAAACAUCAGAGAGCAAGGACGUCACCACCAACAUAAGCAAGUGGGAACAGGCAGCCUUUUCCCAGGAUAAGGAUGGCAAAAUGGCAUCUAAAUUUUUACGGCUUAUGGGAGUCAAAGAUGCUCAGAAAACCACCCCCGCAGUCGGAGAAACGACUGGAAAAGCGUCGACUAGUGGCUCCGGAGAUAGUAUUAAGAAACAGGAGGAACUUUUCUCUACAAUGGAACAGCAGUACGAAGUGGCUCGACAGGUUACGCAUACAAUGCGAGGUGUCGGACUUGGAUUCAGCUCACAACCACGCACCUUCUAGAACCGAUCUACUGGUUUAUUAGUCAUCAACAGGGAAUUCGCAGAUACCAAAAACGAGCAGUUGUGUUAGAAUAUACUAUAAAUACUAACUGACGGCUUACAUUGGUUCUCUCCUACUUAUUCGGGAUUAGCUCGCUUAAACAAUAAUUUGCUCUGCUGCACUUGUUCAGAUGCAUGAGAAAAUAUUAGCUAAGGAGGCAAGUCAUUUCUCAUGUUCUAAUUGCUAAGUCAAUUGAUACAAGAUAUCACUGACUAAAAGGUUACACCAUUGUAUGUGUAAUCUAUAAUAAUAAUAACGGUAAUAUAUUCAGCCUGAUGAAA